AUGUCUGCCCCAAACCCAAAGGCUUUCCCAUUGGCUGAUUCUGGCUUGUCCCAGCAAAUUCUCGAUGUCGUUCAACAAGCCCAGAACUUGAGACAAUUGAAGAAGGGUGCCAACGAAGCCACCAAGACCUUGAACAGAGGUAUUUCUGAGUUCAUCAUCAUGGCUGCUGACACCGAGCCUAUUGAAAUCUUGUUGCACUUGCCAUUGUUGUGUGAAGACAAGAACGUUCCAUACGUCUUUGUUCCAUCCAAGGCUGCCUUGGGUAGAGCCUGUGGAGUCUCCAGACCAGUCAUCGCUGCCUCGGUCACCUCCAACGACGCUUCUUCCAUCAAGAACCAGAUCUACUCUAUCAAGGACAAGAUCGAAACCUUGUUGAUCUAA